CCACCUACACAUGAUUCCGUCUAAAUAGCCACUCCUAGACUCAACCAACCUCUCUUGGCCUCUCUUGUCUCCCUUCAACACACCCCUCUAACUUCCGAUCACUGCACCAAUUGCAAUUACACAAUUGUACAUUGGCACCGGAUUCCACAGAUAAAUCCCAGAAGGACAUUUCGGUAAUUUCACGUGCUAAAGUCCAAUUUUGGACCAGUUUGUGUAUCUGUAUCAACUGCAAUCUACGGAUAAGCAUAGAUCUGCAGAAACAGUGAAAGAAACACUGAAAGAAACAGAAAAGAAAACACCCUCUUUCUCUUUCUUUCUUUCUUUCUCUCUCUUUGUUUAGAUAUUUCAUAAAGAUCGUUGUUUUACUUAGAUUCUGAACUCGCCGCAGCCAAAGAAUCUCGCCGGAAUAUUCCUCCGGGAAAUGGGGUUUCUGAAAAACUACUGAGAAUCAACAAAAAUGAGCGAUGAAGAAGCAUUCGCCGAAGCUUCGGGUCUCCGGCGAGCGGUGGAGCUAAUCUUUUCAGUGCUCUCUCUCUCGUACCCGAUUCGCGUCUUCUCCGGAAAAUGGCAGCUGAUUCGGGCCAAGUUGGAGGAGCUUCACGCCGGCCUAAUCGCCGCCGAGAAAUGCGACUCCGGCGAGAGCCCGUCCCUCUCGCGGCUGGCUGCGGCGGUGGUGGCCACCGCGACGGAGUGCCACGAUCUGUGCCGGCGUUGCGUGGUUUUCUCAUACAGCGGAAAGCUUCUGUUGCAGAGCGAUUUGGACGUGGCGUUCGCGAAGCUCGAUGCACACGCGAAGAAGCUCAACGAGAUAUACAAGACUGGAAUUUUAACUAAUGGGUUCGCGUUGGUGGUUUCAAAACCGAGUCUUGCCGCUUCCAAAGAGGACAUGAGGUUCUACGUGAGGGACUUAACGACGAGGAUGAAGGUUGGGGAUUUGGGUAUGAAGCGACAAGCGCUGAAGAAUCUUCUGGAAGUUGUGGUGGAGGAUGAGAAGUACGUGAAGGUGAUUGUUGAUGUUGGUGACGUGGUUCAUUUGUUGGUGGGGUUUUUGGGAUCAAAUGAGGUUGAGAUUCAGGAGGAGAGUGCUAAGGUUGUUUCUGUUGUUGCGGGGUUUGAUUCUUACAAAGGGGUUUUGAUUGGCGCGGGUGUAAUUGCUCCUUUGGUUAAGGUUUUGGAUUGUGGGAGUGUGUUAGGUAAGGUUGCGGCUGCAAGGUGUUUGGUGAAGUUAACUGAGAAUUCGGAUAAUGCUUGGUGUGUUUCUGCUCAUGGAGGGGUUAGUGUGUUGUUGAAGAUUUGUGGUGGUGAUUGUGGUGGUGAUUUGGUUGGACCUGCUUGUGGGGUGUUGAGGAAUCUCGUUGGUGUCGAGGAGAUUAAGAGGUUUAUGGUUGAUGAGGGUGCUGCGGUAACAUUCAUUAGGCUUGUGAGGUCUAAGGAGGAAUCGAUUCAGGUGAAUUCGAUAGCGUUUAUUGUGAGUAUUGCAUCUGGUGAUGAGGUUGUUAGGCAGAUGGUGAUCAAAGAGGGAGCGAUUCACGCUUUGUUGCGCGUUUUGGAUCCUAAGUGGUCUUAUUCUUGUAAAACAAGGGAGGUGGCAAUGAGGGCUAUUGAGGAUUUGUGUUUUUGCUCACCUAGUUCUGUUGGUGUUUUGAUGAGUUAUGGCUUUGUGGAUCAAUUGAUAUAUUAUGUUCGAAAUGGCGAGGUUUCGAUUCAGGAAUUGGCAUUGAAGGUGGCGUUUAGGUUGUGUGGAACAUCGGAGGAGGCCAAGAAAGCAAUGGGGGAUGCCAGGUUUAUGCCGGAGUUUGUUAAGUUUCUCAAUGCAAAGUCAUUUGAGGUUCGGGAAAUGGCAGCGGAGGCACUCUCUGGCAUGGUUAUGGUGCCUAGAAAUAGAAAGAGGUUUGUGCAGGAUGAUCAUAACAUAGCCCUUAUUCUGCAGUUGCUUGAUCCAGAGGAGGGGAAUUCAGGUAAUAAAAAGUUCUUGAUCUCUAUAUUAAUGUCCUUAACUAAUUGUACUAGUGGGAGGAAAAAGAUUGUUAGUUCAGGAUAUGCCAAAAACAUAGAAAAGCUUGCGGAUGCUGAAGUUUCUUCUGAUGCCAAGAGACUUGUCAAGAAGCUAUCCACAAACCGGUUCCGCAGCAUGUUGAGUGGAAUCUGGCGCUCGUGAAUGUAAUUCUUUUUUUUUCUUCUUUUCUUCACCCUUUUUUUAACUGUAUAUUUACAUAAGUGUCUUACAAGUUUUGCUAAUUUGUGUUCACAUUCUCGAUAUGCUUUCUGUUUUACUAUUUCAUUGGCCUUGCUUACUUACCACAAGAGUAGCACAGCUUUAUGUUGAGAGAUUAUUGUAACCAGGUGUAGUGAUAAGUGAUAUACCAUAAAAGCCUUGUUGUAGGUUUUCUUUAGGAUACUCUGCCAUUGAUGUUAGGCCUUUAGCCAUGGCAGAUUGUACCAAAGAAGUAAAGAAUUAUAUUAUAUUAUAUAUCAAAAAAAGAAGAAGAAUGUAAUUACUACUUACAUACAGUUAUUCUUAUUUCUUAAUUUCUCAUUCA